CCCUAGCUCGCUAGGGCAACUCCAUUCGGCCAUGAGCAGGCUUGUGGCAGCUGCCGCGCGGCGGGCCGCCCGCUGGAACUCCAGGUUUGCGUCCUCCUCCGCCGCCGCCGCCUCGCUCACCAUCCCCGAUGAGCGGUUCACUCGCUUCAACUCGCCCGUCCCUAGCACCGUGGAUCACAGCAGCAUCCUCGCCACGCCCCCGACGCGCAUCACCACGCUCUCCAAUGGCCUGCGCGUCGCCACCGAGUCGAAUAUGGCAGCUGAGACCGCCACGGUCGGGGUGUGGAUCGAUGCGGGCAGCCGAUUCGAGACGGAUGCUACCAAUGGCACCGCCCAUUUCUUGGAGCAUAUGAUCUUCAAGGGGACCAAGAAGAGGAGUAUGCAAAAGCUGGAGGAGGAGAUCGAGAAUAUGGGAGGCCAUCUCAAUGCCUACACCUCGCGCGAGCAGACCACGUACUACGCCAAGGUUCUCAAGAAGGAUGUGCCGGUCGCCGUGGAUAUCUUGGCCGACAUUCUCCAAAACUCCAACUUUGACGAGGACAGGAUCGCGCGAGAGAGGAAUGUGAUUCUCCGGGAGAUGAAAGAGGUCGAAGGGCAGAUGGAGGAAGUGGUGUUUGAUCACUUGCAUGCUACUGCCUUCCAGUACAGUCCUCUGGGCCGGACAAUCCUUGGACCCGAGGAGAACAUCCGCUCCAUCACGAAGGAAGAUCUGGAGAACUAUAUUUCGACGCAUUACACAGGGCCACGCAUGGUUGUCUCUGCUGCUGGCGCUGUGAAUCACGAUGCCCUCGUCCGGGAUGUUGAGAGGCUGUUUGGCUCGCUUCCAAGCGACGGCACCACAGCGGCCGAUCUCGUCGAGAAAGAACCAGCUUUCUUUACUGGGUCCGACGUGAGGUUUAGAGACGAUGAUAUUCCACUGGCGUAUGUUGCGAUUGCUGUCAAGGGAGCCUCAUGGACCGACCCGGAUUCCAUUCCCUUGAUGGUUAUGCAGACGAUGCUUGGCUCAUGGAAUAAGAAUUCCGGAGCUGGGAAGCAUAUGGGGUCAGAAAUGGCCCAAAAGGUGUCAGCGAACAAUAUCGCGGAGAGUAUCAUGGCAUUCAACACAAACUACAGUGACUCGGGAUUAUUUGGAGUCUACGCUGUUGCAAAGCCAGACGUUUUGGACGACCUUGCAUGGGUAAUCACGCGAGAGAUGACCCAUAUGGUCUACCAUGUUCGCGAGGAUGACGUGAUUCGUGCUAGAAACCAGCUCAAGGCCUGCCUGUUACUUCACCUCGAUGGUACCAGUCCCAUCGCCGAGGACAUUGGACGCCAGAUACUCACGUAUGGUCGUAGAAUUCCCCUGGCGGAAUUAUUCGCCAGGAUCGAUGCUGUGGAUGCGGCGACGGUGAGGAGAGUUGCGGAGCGUUUCAUCUACGAUCAGGACUUGGCUGUUGCUGCCGUGGGAUCGCUGCAAAUUCUUCCGGAUUACCACUGGCUGCGCCGCCGGACAUACUGGCUGCGAUACUGAGAUCAUGACGAGAGAGGCCACCACAUUGUAUGGAUGUAUCGUGGGAAUAACGACGACGAACUGAGAGAAAAAUUUAAGAUGGAGAGAGAGCUAAGCUAAUUGUAUGUGUUCCUGGAAUUUUGGACAAUGGGAGAACUUAAAUAAGCGGAUCUUUCACUA